CUGUGUGGCUCUUUAAAUGUUAUAAUUUUACAGACUGCAAGAUUUCAGACACAAGGGUUGAAAAAACAUGUUCCUCAUUUAGAGAAGAAAGUAAAUCAAUUGAAAACACUGAAAAAAAGAAAUCUGAACAUUUGUUAAAUAGCAGGGAAACACACAGAGAAGAUCCAUCAUAAAUUCUGACAACAGAGAAAACAAAAGUUGAAACAUUGUAAUUAAACAGACUAAACAGAGUUUUUAGCUUUGCAAAAUUAUUUACACUUACAGUUUUUUCUGAAUGCUUAAGCGAUAAUCGUGAUUCUUGUAGCACAAUUUCUAAAACUAUUAAUACGUAUAGCAAAACCACUCUCUGAGUUUGCAAAACUAAAAGCACAAACACUGCUUUGCACUCAGUUUGCAAUUUUGUAACACACACUUUGCAAAACUGUAGGCACAAUUCACUGCACAACACUCUUUUUUCAGAACUUUAAACACAACUCACUGCUUACACUCAAUUACCAAAUUUCCAACACACUCCUAGCAAAAUUAUACACAUGUAUGGCUAUCAUUAACACUAUUUUGCCAACUGUCUGGCACAUUUUCACAUGUAAAAACUGUUUUAGAUAAUUAGUUCACUUUGCAAUCAGCCUGAGCACUAUAAAUAAGCCACAGGUAAGCUGUCUGUGUGGAGUACAAUGGAAGGAGCAGUAAGAGUGAGAAGAGUGAGAAUCAGAGGAGGCAGAGGAGGCUGAGUGAGAGGACGUGGAGGUGAACAAGCGAGAGGGUUAGAGGAAGUUAGAGGACAAGGAGGAGCAAGAAGAGGACGAUGACGGGAAAGAGGAAGUGUAAGAAGAGUAAGAAAUAGAAUAACUGAUGACAUCAGAGCUACAAUAGUGGACCGUGUCAUAAACCAUGGGAUGACCCUGAGGGAAGCUGGCCAACAGGUUCAGCCUAAUUUGAGCCGCUACACUGUGGCAAGCUUCAUUAGGACAUUUCGAAAUAUUAAUCGAAUUGCUAGACGUCCAGAUGUUGGGGGCAGAGGAAGAAUGUUCACUCCAGAGCAAGAGACCCAUAUAGUGAACAUGGUGAUUGCCAAUAAUGCAAUAAGACUGCGCGAAAUACAGCAGCGCAUAAUUGAUAAUGACACCAUCUUUCAAAAUAUACACAGUGUAAGGAUUUCUGCACUAAGUCGUGUACUUGCGCGCCACAGAAUAAGAAUGAAGCAAAUUUACAGAGUUCCUUUCGAGAGAAACACAGAACGUGUAAAGCAACUGCGUUAUGACUAUGUGCAGAGAGGGAUGGAACUAGAAGCAGAUGCCAUGGGACAUGAGUUACUUUUGGUAGAUGAGGCCGGUUUUAACCUCCGUAAAACCAGGAGACAUGGCAGGAACAUUACUGGACACCGUGCCAUCAUCAAUGUCCCAGGACAACAUGGUGGUAACAUAACCAUGUGUGCAGCUAUAAGCCAAAAUGGUGUUGUUCACCAUCAUGCCAACCAUAGGCCCAUACAACACUGCACACAUUAUUGCAUUCCUGGACACCUUACAUGACAUGCUCACUGCUCGGAGACCAGAGCAUACCCGAUAUGUCAUCAUAUGGGACAAUGUUAGUUUCCAUAGGGCUGCUUUGGUCCGCAACUGGUUUACAGACCACCCAUCCUUCAUGGCACUCAACCUCCCUCCAUACUCUCCAUUCUUAAAUCCCUUCGAGGAGUUCUUCUCUGCCUGGCGCUGGAAAGUGUACGACCGUCAUCCUCAUCAACAGGUAGCCCUUUUACAGGCAAUGGAGGAGGCAUGUGGAGAUACUGACCAGGCAUCAUGUCAAGCCUGGAUACGGCAUUCAAGGAGAUAUUUUCCCCGGUGCCUUGGACUGGAGGAUAUUGCAUGCGAUGUGGACGAAAUUUUGUGGCCGGACCCAGAAAGACAACAUGAUGUAGGCUGAUUGUCUUUUUUUGCGUGAAAUUACUAUUUUGUGUUCUGACUUCAUCUUGGUUUUGAUGAGUGUGAAUAAACACCAAUACUUGAAGCUUGGAUCCUUGUAUGUUUACAUGACACUGACAAAAGUAUGACCUCAAAUUGACAUCUGUACACAGAGAAAGCAAAAGCCAGAUGUGUUUUGUAUUCAUACUAUCAGAGUGUAGUUGGCACAUUGUGUGCUUAGUAGAUGAUGGCUUGUUUUUACUGUUUGAUUCGAAAACACCAUUUUUACGAAGGUGUGAAGAGUUAAUCUAGCUGUGUUCACUUUUGCAAGAGAACUACGAUGAUGAGGCCUGUACUUCAUAUAUGAGUUUGUGACUAGAGUAUGUGCAAAUAAAAUGUUCACAUACUAAAAGUUUAAUAGUAAAUUAAAUCACAGAUAUACUUGAUCUGGAUGACGAUUAUAGAGAUCAGGAAUUUAAAGGUGACACUUCAUACAGUUAAUGUUGCACAUAUGGAAGGCCAAUGUAAUUUGAUGGGUUGUAAAGGUGUACAUCAGAAAUACAGCAAUAAACAUGAAACGAUUGUUAGUUACUACAGUAUGUAUUAAACUCAUGAGCAUAACAUAGACAUGAGAUAAAUAUUUAUGUUCUGUAAGAUGCUCU